CUUUUGUAUAAGCCAUCCAUUUUUCUUCUUUGAAAGCGCCAUUCAACUUUUAUCUCACGCAUAAGCUUGUCAUCAUCCAAACAAACCUUCAUUCAUAGAUCCUCUCAUUUCUAGCUCUAGCGAAGAUUCUAUCUUUUCACGUAUCUUGUUCGUCUAGUCUUUUCAAAUUUCCAAUACCCAGUAUUUAUCUUUAGGAUUGCACCGUUUUCGAACACUUUCUGGAUCUUGAAUAUUUGUUUCCAAUAGAAUUUGAUUUAUUUUCCACCUUUUGAGCUGAAUCUAUGGAGGUUUCGAUCAUCAGAAGCUCUGACGUGCUUCUCGGAAGGAGAGAUUUGGGGUCUAGGGUAGUUGGGGUUUGUACUUUUAGCAAAACCUUCAAUGCUAAGACCUAUUCUUUUAAGAAGAAAUCAAACGUGUGUUUGGGUCAGACUUUUACAUGGUCUUCAAGAAAAUCAGCUUGCUUAAACAUCAAAGCCUCUGCUGCUGCCCUAACUGAGGCUGUUUCUGCUGAUAAAGUUUGUGGAACAAGGAGAUCUAGACCUAUUGAUGGUUUGAAACUAUAUGUUGGGAUGCCAGUCGAUGCAGUUUCCGAUUCUCGUACAGUAAACCACGCACGAGCUAUUGCCACUGGUCUAAAAGCUCUGAAGUUACUUGGAGUAGAUGGCGUGGAACUGCCAAUCUGGUGGGGUGUUGUUGAGAAGGAAGCUAAUGGGAAGUAUGACUGGACUGGCUACCUCGCUGUCACUGAAAUGAUCCAGAAGCUUGGGAUGAAGCUUCACGUCUCAUUCUGUUUCCAUGCACCCUCCAUGGAACCCAAAAUUUCACUUCCCAAUUGGGUUUGCAGAAUUGGUGAAUUAGAUCCUAGCAUCUUCUAUACAGAUCGUUCAGGACACCAGUACAAAGAUUGUUUGUCCUUAGCUGUUGAUGAUCUUCCUGUUCUUGAUGGAAAAACUCCUCUGCAAGUGUACCAAGGUUUCCUUGAUAGCUUCAAAAGUGCUUUUUCCAAGUUCAUGGAUUCCACAAUAACUGGAAUAUCAAUCGGGUUUGGACCAGAUGGGGAGCUUCGAUAUCCCUCCCAUCAUGACGAAGCAUCCAAGACUACCACCACUAAGCAGCUUAUUGGAGCUGGGGAAUUCCAGUGUUAUGAUAAGAACAUGCUAACCCAUCUGAAGCAGCAUGCAGAAGUGAAUGGUAACCCUCUGUGGGGACUUGGUGGUCCUCAUGAUGCUCCGAGCUAUAAUGACCUCCCAACCUCAUCAACUAACUUUUUCAAAGAGAUUGGAGGAUCAUGGGAGAGCACUUAUGGCGAUUUUUUCCUUUCCUGGUAUUCCAAACAGCUCAUCACACACGGAGACCGACUCCUCUCCCUUGCUUCCACUACCUUCAGGGACUCCCCGAUCACGGUUUCUGGAAAAGUUCCUCUAAUGCAUCACUGGUUCAAAACCCGGUCCCACCCAGCAGAACUGACGGCUGGGAUCUACAACACAAUCCACAGAGAUGGAUAUGAUGAGAUGAUUAAGAUGUUUUCCACAAACUCCUGCAAAGUUAUCUUGCCCGGAAUGAAUCUGUGUGAUGAGCAUCAGCCAAACGAGUCCCUCUCGAGUCCGGAGUCUUUACUUGCACAGAUCAUGUCAUCUUGCCGAAAACACGGUGUUGAGAUCAUGGGCCAGAACUCGUGGGCUUCAGAUGCUACCAGCAGUUUUGAACAAAUGAAGAAGAACUUACAGGGUGAAAAUGGUUCAGGAAUCAGCCUUUUCACCUACCAACGGAUGGGGGUGUAUUUCUUUUCCCCUGAACAUUUUCCUUCAUUCACGAAUUUCGUUCGAAACCUCAGGGAAAUGGAACUGGAUGAAGAUGAUCUGCCAGGAAAGGAAGAAGCGGUAGCCUCCGGAUUUCUUUCUGGCAGGAACCUGCAAGAGCCAGCUGCUUAGGCGUGUCCUAGUGUAGCUAAGAUACUGUAAUAUAUGAAUGUAGUUUUAAUAUUACCAAGCAACUUUAUACUAUUAUAUUAUGUACUGAUGUACACACAGGAGCUGCAUCUUGUAAACUUGUAAUCUUGUCUGGAGAUUGUUUUUCCAUCUUAAGAAAGUAUAUUGCUCUUAAAUUCUUGAUCGUAUAAAAAAAAGUCUCUUUUAAAU